AUGUCGACUGCGCAAAAGGCCACAAGAUCCGCGCCAGACGAUGACGACGUCGAAGAUAGGUGGUGCAAGUCAGCCGUCAUUUCUUGUUUCGACAAAGGAAAAGGAAGAACCCAGACGAGGGGACAGACACCAGCUUCCACGAUUCUUUGCUUGCCACCGGCGGAAGCUGUCCGUGCCGCAAUGGCGAUGAUCGUAAACGUGACAUUUGUGAGAAGAACGACUUGGAACCAGUGCUACCAUUGA